AUGGGGGGGGGGGAGGCCCACUACCUGGUGCACGGCUGCCUCGGGCAGGUUCUGCGCGCACUCGCCGAGGAGUUGGGCGGCGAGGGCGUCCGGCUCGACGCCGCCGUCGAGGAGGUCGACUACGCCCCCACGCCCGAGGGGCGCGUUCGCGUGCGCUACCGUGCGGGCCACCCUCCGGCUACCGUGGAGGUGACGGCGAGGGCCGUUGUGGUGUCCGUCCCUCUGGGCGUGCUCAAGGCUGGCACCAUCGCCUUCCGGCCGCCCCUGCCGCCGCCGAAGCUUGCCGCGAUCGAGCGGCUGGACAUGGGGCUGCUGAACAAGGUCUUCCUGCAGUUCGAGCAGGCGUGGUGGCCCGCCGACCAGGUGACGUUCUCGUACCUGCCGCCCUCGGCGCCGGAGCGGCCCGGCGCCGCGGGCGAGGCUCGGGGUGGCGCCGGCCAUUCCUAUUGGCUGGUGGUGAACUGCGCAGAGGCCAUGGACGGCCUCCCGGUGCUGAUGGCGCUUGUGGCGCCACCGUAUUCGUGGGAGAUGGAGAAGGAGAGCGAUGACGCCAUAGUGGCGGACUUUCUCCUUCACGUCGUGUCCCACGUGGCGCGGGCGCUGCCCGGCGGCUGGGGACGGCCGGGCAGGCCCAUCCCCGCAGUUACGGCGAGGCACGUCACCCGUUGGGGCAGCGACCCCUUCUCGCUCGGCUCCUACUCGUACCUGCCUGUCGGAGCGGGGCCCUGCGACAGGGAGGAGCUCGCUCGCGCCGUGGGCGACGCGGUGUUCUUCUGCGGGGAGGCGGCCCACAGCCUGUACCCCUCGACGGUCCACGGCGCCUACAUGUCCGGCGUGGAGACGGCGGGGAAGGUCUGCGCCGCGCUGGGCGCCGCGGCUCCCGACCCGGGCGGCCCGCCCGCGGCGGCCGGCGCCGAUGCGGCCGCCCGAAGGGCCAGGGCGACCGCGCCUACCUGGGCCGCACCGCUGCGGCCGCCCGCCUACAAGGUGUCCUGGUCGCAACUGACGGCCGCCGAGCGAGGAGCGGCCCUCAGUCUGGGCUUCGAUUUCAGCAGCUGGGACCACGACGGCCCGCCGCCGCCCGCGAGCACCCGCUCCUGGGCGCGGCUCUCCGCCCCGCAGCGGCAGGCUGCGCGCUCGCUGGGCUACACAGCGGCCGCGUGGGACGCGGACUCCAGCAGCAGCAGCAGCGGCAGCGGCAUCAGCAGAUAG